ACAAAGCAGUGGCAAGACAUGUGUUGUAAAUGUCUCGAGCGUAAAUAAUAACAAGAACCAUCGCUCAUUUCAUUUAACAAAUAUGUUCAGAAUUGGAGGUUUUUCUAGUCUGUGGUAGAUACCGUAAUGCCAUGUCAACGCAUAACGAGACCGAGGAGAUUCAGUCCCACAUUCCACAUGUGGGGGACGGACUUUCGUCGAAUUGCGGAACAACCCAACCACUCCUCUUAUACUGUGAGAGCUGUGGCAACAUUUACGAUGACAAUGAGGCUUACGCCAAAGACCACAGUCACCAUUCUGGCUGCUGCGACGGUGGAAGCAAGGAAGAGUUCCAGUUUAUAGAGGAAAUACUUUCGGACGAGCCGACAGAGGUUGCUCCAAGUUUGCCCGAGGAGGAAGAGGAGAUUCUCGAGGCUGACGUUCCGCUGUGGGAGGUGGUAGAUGACACGUCUUCCACCAUUAAGUUAGAACAAAACGAGACUGAACCCACCCAUUCAGAUCGUUACUUUUGCUAUGACUGCCACAGCAUUUUUGAAAACAGGAGCAGUGCGGAAGAUCAUGUUUGUCCACAGGCAGAGUCCGGCGGGGGCUCCAUCCAGCAAGCAGUCGAAAGCCCUGCCCCCACAGUUAAACCACCGCGUCGCAAGUUGCCCAUUGUGGCAGCAAGGACAGACUCAAAAAGUGGUUCACAACCAUCUGUCAUUAGGUGUGAAAUAUGUAACACCGUUUUUAGCUCUGCCAAGUUUCUCAAGUUCCAUAUGCGCAUUCACGAGAAGGUUGUUCCCAAGAGCAUUCAGGACGCCCUUCCCAUUGGCGCCCACCAACAGUACAGUAAGCUUGACCAGUUUUACUGCGAGAUCUGCAACAAGAGCUUCGACGAAAACCUCCUGACGGUGCACAAAAAAAUGCACCAGGAGACCGCCAAAGAGUUCAUGUGUAGCGUUUGUAACCGGCAAUUCUACAACGCUAUAGACUACGAAAUGCACCUCAAGAUUCACCAGAAGCCACGUGACUCGGAUGCCACCAAAACGCCCGAACAUCGUAGUAGUGGUGGCGAUAAGGAGAAGCCGGGCUUCCCUUGCCAAUACUGCGAACGUGUUUUCUCGCGCCCCUAUGAGAAGGUCAAGCACGAACGGGUCCACACGGGCGAAAAGCCCUACUCCUGCGAGGUGUGCGGCAAGACCUUUCGCGUCUCGUACUCGCUAACUCUCCAUUUACGCACGCAUACGAACAUUCGGCCAUAUGUCUGCACCGUGUGCAAUAAGCGCUUUAAGUCGCAUCAGGUAUACUCUCAUCACCUGCGUAUCCACAGCACAGAGCGACAGUUCGCCUGCGACGUAUGCUCAAAGUCCUUCCGCACCUCGGUCCAGCUAUACGCCCAUAAGAACACCCACACCAAGCCGUACCAGUGUGUCGUAUGCAACCGUCCCUUCUCAUCGAUGUACGCUGUGAGGAUUCACAUGCAAACGCAUGAGGAGGAGAAGAGUAAAGGAAAUGGAAAAGACGUACAAGCUACCACCAAGAGCCAAUCAUCAAGUGGAAAAUUCUGGUGCAGUUCCUGUGGAGCGGAGUAUGCAAGGAUGUUUGCCCUGCGGCUGCAUAUGAAGACAGCGCAUGGUCUGACCGAGGAAGUCAUACAGCAGACGGAGAAUUCGCAACCAGCCUUAGAAGAUGUCCUUGCCACCGAAGUAGACUCUGAGACUGCGGUGCUAAUAGCAGCCGCCGAGGCUGACGCUGCGUACAUCAAUGCUGUGGUAAACGCUGUUGACGUCGUGGGAUCCGUGCCUACAUACGAAGAGGUAGCCGUUGAAUUCGAUGUGGAGAACUUUCACAGCGAGGAGAUCAUCACGGACUGGCUUAAAUAGCAGUUAAAAAUCAUCUCUCGUAGUAGCCAAUAAACAAAUUACAAAAAGAUUA